AUGACGUCAACCGGCAGCUCGAAAGUCGAAAAAUUGUCUGAAAAACGAAUAAAAAGGAGGAAAAAUGUGAAGAAAUCGUCAGAUUGGAAGUCGAAAAUCAAAGAAGUGAUGCGAAUGAUUUCGUCGUGUUUGAGCAUUAGCCAACUCAUCGAUUUGUCUGUGAGCCUAAAAUAUUUGAAUUUAAAAAACAACAACACAUUCAGGUUCUGUCCGAAGUCGUUACCAGUGCGGCUCAAAAACGGAUUCGUUCACACUUUGCACAUUUAGAAUUGGAUUAUAUAAAUCCGAUCGAAAUAAUGCUAAAUGGGCAGCGAAUGAACGUUUUCGAUGUGAUGCCCACUUUGGAGUGAGCGCUCAAUUUAUUUCAACCAAUUUCGGCCCACGCCACUUACAAUAAUCACUUUGCAGACGUCUUGGGCAUGGAUUGAAGUGUGCUGGGUCCGAGUUUCAGACCGAUCCGAUCAUCCGGUCCCCGAGAUAUAAGGUUUUUGCGAGAACCGGGAUAUCUCGGGACCAAAUGAUCGGAUCGGUCUGAAACUUGGAUCCUAUAUACUUCAAUCCAAGUCCAAGACGUCUGCAAAGUGAAUAUUGCAAGCGUUGGUUCAUCUUUUCAGAUGGCUCUCUGAAAAUCAAGGCGUCGGCUUUCAAAGUGUGGAGUUUAACGAGUUUCCCAAUAAUGAUGAACUUUUGGGAAACAUUUUGAAAAGCGUGGAAACUAUUUCCACAAAACCCAUUUACUUUACAAUUGUCGAUGAUGUCAUGACCAUUUCUCACAGGUAAAUUGCCGUGACAGUCCAAAUGGUCUCAAAUUCGCAAAAUGGCUUCCGCCUGGAGAACAGUGCAUAACUUGAAAACCAAAGAGUUUGGCAAAUAGCUGUCAACUGCAAAGUUGGCCGCAAGAAGAUUUGCAACAACUUUUCAGUUGACCAUUUUCGAACAACACUGAUGGUUCUUGAGAUAAACGCCACAGAAUUUCAGUCAUCUUCUGUAGCGAGUUGUUGCAAACCUUUUCCAAUCUUUCAAAAUCUUUGGUUUUCAAGUUAAAAUCCAAAAACGCUCGAUUCUUAAGAGUAGCCUUGCUUUUCAGCAAUCUUCUCAUGAUUUGUCAAGAAGUUGAAGCGGAAAAUCAUCAGAAACUCUAUGAGCUCUUCGGAAAAUGCUCCCGACCAAAAAGCCUCAAGCUGGACCUUUUCUCAAUGGCAACAUCGGAAUUUCCGCAGAAACUUUUGAAAAACAUUCUGAACAUUGUCAAGUGAGUUUUAAAAGAAACCCGUACCCCUCUUCGAUGUGACCUUUUUCUUGUCAAAGCGGCGCGACGACUAGCGCGAGUUUGAUUGAUUGCGCGCAAACGGUGUCCAUCACGAGUGCAUUUAUAACUUUGGAGACACAUUUUCAUGUUGUCAUAUCCAGUUUUAUCGACUUUUUGAAAAAUUCGGGGCUAGUUUUCUGCAGGGGAAAUGAACUUUUCCACUAGAUUAUCGCCCGCCCAGAUUAGAAUCUCUGCCCGAACUUCUUCUCAACUGUCAUUUUCAAUUAAUUCAUUGGGAAAUUCUGCGAACAAUGUUUGCUGAUUUGUUUGAUUGAUCGGCUAAAGGACACUGGCAUUCAGUUUUGUUGAACUAUUGUACCUAGCACAUUCAGCGUCCGAGACGAGAUUCUCGGAAAUGCCUAAAAGUUGUGGCUGUGGCCUAGAAAACUCACUCACAAGGCGUAAAAACUCUUCCCCCUUUCACCUUGACAAUCGUUUGAGGAUUGUACCGAAUGCAAAAAAGAUCCCGUAGCCUAGGAGUUUUCUAGGCCACCGCCACAACCUUAAAACGAGAGCAGAUUACAUUGGGAAAACAAAGAAUUUCAAUCGAUUUUUGAAUUUGUGCUGAAAAUGCUCGAAUUUCAGUCCGACACUGAUUUUGUCGGGGAAAAACGUCUCGAACGACGCGUUUUCACAAAGUAAACGAUAAAAAUGCAUUGCAAAAAUUUUACAGCCCAACCCAACUGGACGUCGUGUUCGCCAAUUCGGAAGCACCAAAUAGUCCAAGUGUAUUUCCGAAUUAUUCCGAAUUUUCGCCAAAAUUCUCAUUUUCCUCGGAUCCAAUUAGUGCCAUUUCCAAUGAGAAACUGCGAGCCUUCAAUAUUUUCAUGGAAACAACCGAAAAUAGUAUUCCAAUGUAUUCUAUAAAUAUCUUAGAAGUUCUCAUCACUUUUCACUAUCCUUCCAGAUAUUUGCAAUAUUUUAUGUUACCCAACAAUAUCAGUUUGUAGAAACAUUCGAAUACUAUUAA